AGCAGAGCGCUUCGUCGUGACAAGAUCGCAGUUUGCCGUCUUUGAUUGCAUGUGAGACAUCUCGGAAUACGGCUGUUUUGGAUAAAUUCAAGACACAUGGCGGCGAUAAGGAGAUGCAAAGAAUGGCUUCAGGAAAGAACAAACUUCGAGAAAAUUCUUCUGGCAUUAUCCAGUGCAUUGUUACUCAGUUUUUGUUUAGCCAUGUUGUUUGGGAUCACUUACAAAGGUUCCAAAUCGAGAUGCAAUUCUGAACAGGAUGAAUGUAGAAGCAAAAACUGCAUCGAAACUGCUGGUCAGAUACUCUCUAAUGUGAAAGACGAUGUCGAUCCUUGCUCCAAUUUCUAUAAAUUUGCCUGUGGUCAAUACGGUAUCGGAAGAGGACCCGUAUCACCUGUAGCGCAGAACUCUCUCGAUUAUAUUUACCUUUCACUUAAAAGACUAUUGGAAUCACCAGCAGUUACAGAUGUAGAAGAUUUCGAUAAAGCAAAAUCCUUAUAUAACGUGUGCUUACAUUACGGAGGUCUUAAACACGAAUUUUCCAGGGGUAAAUAUACACUUCAAUCUUUGUUGUCAAUAUAUGGCGUCGAUACAUGGCCAGUGAUAGACGAUUUCUACGACAAAGAUGCAAAAUCGUCAUUAGAGGAGAGAUUAGCUAGUCUUAAUCUAGUAGGCAUUCCUGUUGUAUUUAAGGCCGAAGUUAUUCCAGAUGACCGCAUUCCACACUCGUAUAUUUUAAAGCUCUCUCCUGGUGGUCCUGAAGAGGCAGGCCGUUCAGAAAGUGAUAUACGGGAUGAUCAACGAAGGAGAUUCCAAAUGAUUUCUUUUUUCCUCUUCCUUGGAGCUUCAGAACCCAGAGCACGUGAAGCUGCUGACGAUAUCUUAGCUUUUGAAGCUGACAUUGCUACUAUUGAUUUGAAAACAGAUGAAAAGAAAUGUACGGAUUCCUAUCUUUUAUCUCCUCAAGAAUCUCUGAGGGAAUUAGAUAAAUUCAUACCUCAUUUGAAUUGGACAAAAGUAAUGAAUGUCUUCUGGAAGGCUGCGGGUACAUCAAGACCAUAUGCGGUGAAAUUACAUUGCAAGGAAAAAAUCCGGAAAUAUGCGGAACUUCUCACUUUAAGAACGAUCAAGUCCUGCUACCUCUAUUUUGGUUGGCGCUUUAUUUCUGCAUUCUCCAGGCAUAUCGAUCCAUCAUUCCACCUCAGAUCAGGACAAGAUCCCAACAUUCCUAGGUGGAAAGAAUGCAUUUAUCUAUUGGAAGAGUUUUCAUCCCCCCUGCUAGCAGAGGCACUGACAAAAGCAGAAAUGAAGAGAGAAAUUCAAGCUACGGUAGAAAAAGUGUCUUCAUCUGUACUUUCUAGCACAAAUCGUUUGUUGUCCAAAUCGAACUGGUUGAGUUCGGAGCUAAAGUAUAGGCUUCUUCAACAGGUAGAAAUGAUGGACUUAAGAUUUCCAUUCAAAAUGGAAGGAAAGAUCAGCAGAAAAUUACUGUUUGGAACUUCUGAAGUAAAUACUGAAUAUUACUCUGGAAUCGUCAUUAAUCUUUACAGACAAAGGGUCAUUGAAAAUUUAAAAAAGAUAUCUCCGACAAGAAAAGUAGUUGAAAUAGUUGAACCUUGGGAAUUUCAGCUAACUUCAGGUAGAUCAGUUCCUGGAAGAGGAUUGGUAGUUUCUGCCUUCUUUGACAAAAUUCUUGAGCCUUACAUCAGAAUUUAUGGACCGGAAGAGCUUAGUUAUGGAGGUUUUGGUACAUCUAUUGCAAGAGAAGUUUCAAGAAUACUUCUCAGGGAAGACUCAGAGCUGCACAUAAACGUUUUACUGGACGCUUGGGAAAGCAACAUAGACGUCAGCAGUUGUCUAAUCGAUUUCCUCGAUGAUCGUUUAUCUGAAGAGUCCUUAAUAUACAAGAAGGAGCUCUUCCUUGAUCAAAGUUCAUUGGAAAUAGCUUAUGAGAGUAUGAAAACUAGAACAAAGAAAGAAGAGAUAGGACUCCCAGGACCAGAUAUGAGCAAGGAACAGAUGUUUUUCCUCGCCUACGCUCAAACUAUGUGUGGAGAAGAAAGUCCAUUAAAUAAAACUCAUUACAUUCCAGUGGAAGACAGGCUGAAUGUCGCUGUCUCCAAUUCAAAAGCUUUUGCAGAAGCUUUUAAAUGUAAUUCGAUAUUAUCUUCUAAGCAGUGUCAAUUUUGGACAUAAUUUUCUUCUUCCUUAAGCCAUUUUUGUAAAAUUCCAUUUUUUAAUAAAAGUAUACACUAAAAUAGAGAAAUCAUCAA